AGAAAUGAUAUACACCAGACUGCCAAAAUUGAUGAUGGCUUCCUCUUUUCAUAAAGGUUUUACAAGAGCACCAGCUGUUAUCUGUGUUAUGCUGUAUGUCUUGGCCAGUAUAACUGUCACGCAAGAGACAGCCACAGCUGCAGCCAAUGUUUCUGAGCCCUGCUACAACUACACUGUACUGGACGAACCAUGGAGAGCCAUCAAUAAUACAUAUGCAUCAGUCAGAAUUUGUGACCAGUCUUUCACCUGGAGCGGCUGGUAUCGUCUCUUCAUUAACAACAUAAGUGCUCAGAUCCCAGACACGUGUGUUGUGAAGUAUAGCUGUGGGACCAGUUUGCCACUGCGAAUUCAUGGUGGACACCCAACAGUACAGGAUGGAGUCGUCACUCGAGAUGUCUGCGCUCACUGGGACAAUUACUGCUGCUAUAUCGGGUCUUACCCCAUUAAAGUCAAAGCCUGUCCAGGCAAUUAUUAUGUCUAUGAGCUGGUUAGUCCAACUUUCUGCGAUUAUGCAUACUGUGCAGAUGUUAGCAACAUUAACACCAGCUCUACAGCUGUCACACCAGCGACCACCUCAACUGUUUAUCCCUCUGUUGACCCCUGCUACAACUACACUGUGCUGGAUGAACCAUGGAGAGCAAACAGCAGUCAAUCAUCAAGCUUCCUACAAGAGUGACAGAGAUCUGACCUGGAGCGGCUGGUAUCGUCUCUUCAUUAACGGUCUGAGCGCUCAGAUCCCAGACACGUGUGUUGAAAUCUAUAGCUGUGGCACUAAUGUCCCACUGUGGAUUCGUGGUGGACACCCAAAAGUUGAGGAUGGAGUCGUCACUCGAGAUGUCUGCGGUCACUGGGACAAUUACUGCUGCUUUUAUGGGUCAUACCCCAUUAAAGUCAAAGCCUGUCCAGGCAAUUAUUAUGUUUAUGAACUGGUUAGUCCAACUCGCCUGUAUUCAGCAUACUGUGCAGAUAUACAUAUAACGCUGCAGGAAGGAUGCACC